CUGAAUAAGCUGAGAACUAAAAACAAUGUAUUAUCACAAAUAAACUCGUAGUGUUAGUGAAAAAUUAAUCACACUGAUGUGUUAGUCAUCGAGAUUGAAUAGGAAUUUUUUAAAUUGGAAAUUACUGAAUGUCAGUUAAUUAAUGGUCAAUUUUCAAUUAUGACGUCAUGAAUCAUUUGGUCUUUAUGCUGUUGUUGGGCUGCAUUUGCUUUAGAUGGAGCAAUGGCCAUAAAGGAGCAUUCAAUUGGAGGACAAAAAUAAAAAGACAAUACGAUUUUUUGAAUGAUAUAGAUUUCAAUAAGACAAAAAUAAUUCCAUCAGUUGAGCAAAUUUUUGAAAGUACUAAUCUACUUCAUCAUUAUCAUCUAGAGAAUCCUCAAACUCAUCAUGCAAUUCGUCAUGGUGAUAGAUUAAUUCGUUCCAAAGAAAUCAAUUCUCGAUUACCAGUACCAUUUAACUGGCCAAUAAAAAAAGAAGCUGUCGUAGAAGGUGAUUUAGUUCUUGGUGGUCUUAUGAUGGUACAUGAAAGAGAGGAUUCUAUAACAUGUGGUCCAGUAAUGCCCCAAGGAGGUAUACAAGCUCUUGAAGCUAUGUUAUAUACUUUGGACUGGCUCAAUAAUAAUAAAAUUGUUCCUGGCGUGAAAAUUGGUGCACACAUACUCGAUGAUUGUGAUAAAGACACUUAUGGUCUGGAAAUGGCAGUUGAUUUUAUCAAAGGUUCUAUUAGCAAUAUUGAUGGGGCUGAAUACAGCUGCAAUAAAAGUACUGUCAGGAAAGUCAUCAGUGGAGUCGUUGGAGCUGCUAGUUCUGUUACAUCUAUUCAAGUUGCUAAUCUUUUGAGACUUUUUCGGAUACCUCAGGUAUCGUUCUUUUCAACAAGUCCGGAACUAUCGAACAAACAACGCUUCGAAUACUUCACUAGAACAAUACCUAGCGAUCAUUAUCAAGUUAAGGCGAUGGUUGAUAUUAUUAGAAAAAUGGGCUGGAGUUACGUCUCAAUUAUUUACGAAGAAAGUAAUUACGGUAUUAAAGCUUACGAAGAACUUGAGGAACUCCUUGCCAAGAAUCAGAUAUGCAUCGCCAUUAAGGAGAAACUCGUGAAGGAUUCAGGAGUUGCAGAAGAAACUGCUUACGAUAAUAUCGUUCAAAAACUACUAACAAAACCACGAGCAAGAGGGUGCAUUAUCUUUGGCUCCGACCAAGAAGUAGCAGGUAUGAUGCGAGCAGUGAGACGAAAUAAUGCAACAGGAGCAUUCUAUUGGAUCGGUAGCGAUGGAUGGAGUGCUCGAGGCUUGGUUAGUAACAAAAAUGAACCUGAAGUGGAAGGCACUUUGUCAGUUCAACCUCAGGCUAAUCCUGUUGAAGGUUUCGAACAGUAUUUUCUCAAUCUUACGGUAGAGAAUAAUCGUCGUAAUCCAUGGUUUGUUGAAUUUUGGGAAGAUCAUUUCCAAUGUCGUUAUCCAAACGCAUCACGAACUCCAUACAAUCAAAAAUAUAAAGUUUCAUGUACAAAAAAGGAGCGACUUACCAAACAAAAUACUGCAUUCGAAGAUCAACUUCAAUUUGUUUCAGAUGCAGUUAUGGCAUUUGCUUAUGCUUUUCGGGACAUGCAUGCAGACCUGUGCCAUGGCCAGCCAGGACUUUGUGAUGCGAUGAAACCAACUAAGGGAACGGAACUUUUAAAAUAUUUGAAAAAGGUUGAAUUUCAAGGUCUUAGUGGGGAUGAAUUCCAUUUCGAUAAAAAUGGUGACGGACCAGCACGAUAUAACAUUAUUCAUUUCAAACAAGUAUCACCGGGCGAAUAUAGAUGGAUACGUGUUGGAAAAUACUUGGAAGGCGAGCUUGUAUUGAAUAUGUCAGAAAUUCAAUUCCGGCUAAAUAAUCCUGAACCUCCCGAGAGUGUAUGCUCCUUACCGUGUCGAGUUGGGCAGGCGAAAAAAUAUGUUGAAGGAGAGAGCUGUUGUUGGCAUUGUCUUGAUUGCACUCAAUAUCAAAUACGACAUGCUACUGAUCAAACAAGAUGUGUUCAAUGUCCUCAAGGAACAGUUCCUGAUGAAACACACUCGUAUUGUCGAGAUAUCCCAGAAGAGUUUCUGAAAUUUGAUAGUGGAUGGGCAAUUGGUGCAAUGUCGUUUUCCGCAAGCGGGAUUCUGGUAACUCUCUUCGUUGGAGGAGUAUUCGUCAAAUAUAACGAUACUCCAAUUGUACGCGCUUCAGGGCGAGAACUUUCAUAUGUACUAUUAACUGGUAUAUUGUUGUGUUACUUGGUGACAUUUACACUUAUUUUGAAACCAACUGAUCUUGUUUGUGGCAUUCAAAGAUUUGCGGCUGGUUUUUGUUUCACUGUCGUCUAUGCUGCAUUGUUAACAAAAACAAACAGAAUAUCACGAAUCUUCAAUAAAAGCAAAAAAAGUGCUAAAAGACCAUCCUUUAUAUCACCUCGAUCUCAACUUAUUAUUUGCUCACUUCUAGUGGGUGUUCAAAUUCUUAUAAAUGCAGUAUGGAUGGUAAUCGAUCCAGCUAAAGCUCGUCAUCAUUAUCCAACUCGUGAAGAUAAUCUCCUUGUCUGCAAUAGUUAUAUAGAUGCUAGCUAUAUGAUAGCCUUUACUUACCCUAUUAUUUUAAUCGUUGUUUGCACCGUUUAUGCUGUUUUAACACGUAAAAUACCUGAGGACUUUAAUGAAAGCAAACAUAUUGGCUUUACUAUGUACACUACCUGUGUGAUAUGGCUGGCGUUCGUUCCACUUUACUUUGGAACCGGUAAUCAUGUGGCUUUACGAAUCACUUCGAUGUCUGUAACCAUCAGCCUCUCAGCAUCCGUUACGAUAGCAUGUCUCUUUAGUCCCAAGCUGUACAUAAUCUUAAUACAUCCCGAGAGAAACAUUAGGCGAGGUCGAGGUCCUUUUGCUCUCAAACACUCUACAGUCGCAAGGACUAAUGCUUCCAGUAUGAUUUCAACGGUUACUUUAACAGCGGCAACAUGUGAUCAGAAUAAAGCUGUUAAAGGACAAACAAUCUCGACCAUUGACUGCUCAACUCAAAGUGAAUUGCUUGAAAUGGAAGUAAAAGACUUUAAAAAUGGUAAAUUACCAGUGACAUUAACAAGUCGAGCAACGCAAACUGUAGGCAACAACAAUGACAAAGAAACAAAUGUUCCUUUAUCAACAUCAAAUGAUACUGACACUAUUGAAGCUUCAAAGUCAUUGAAUAAUAAAAAAAUUAGUAAUGGGCCUAUAAGUAAGAAUGACGUCACAUCAUAGCAAAGUAAUAUCUCCUUACAAUUGGCCGUCCUACAAUCAGAUCUUAUUCCUAUUUCUAAAGAACCAGUAGAAAUCUAAUUAUGAUAAAAUUAUCUCAGCUUGACAUAUCUAUGCAAUCAGUAAUAUUCAAUUAAUCAACGCUCAUAAAAGUACGCGUGAUCAUUGAUAUCAACAAAAGGACCACAAAACUGAAAAUAAUUCAAGAUUAAUUAUAGAUCAUCAAAUAUUCAAAUGAUAAAUUCAAUUUUCACUUAGAAUAUUAUUUAAAUAUUUCAA